GUUCGCUGCUGAAACUUUCACUUCUAAGGAAUUAACCCGCACAGACCAAGAGAACAGAGAAUGUUCUUUUUGGUGCUUCUGCUUCUUGGAGGUGUCGCCAGCUCUCCAGCCAAGAAAUCUAGAUAUGGGCUGAUCGCGUCCCCAAAUUUCCCUAAAACAUAUCCGAACAACAAUCACAGCAUCUGGAACAUCGCCGUCCCCGAAGGAUACCACAUUUCCCUGCAGUUCCUGGUGUUUGACAUUGAACCAUCGGAUGGAUGCACCUAUGACUAUGUUAAGCUUUGGGCAGAUAACAAGGAACUGGGGAGGUUCUGUGGUUCCCCGAAGUCUAAAUCUCAUCCUGGUCAUCGAAUGUUUAUCUCUGAAAGCAACAAAAUGAGAAUUGAAUUCCAGUCUGACUUUUCCAAUGAGGAGAACGGCUCCACCAUCCUUUACCCAGGAUUUCAAGCCUACUAUAAAGCAGAGGACAAUGAUGAGUGCGCUCUUCCCAAUGAUAUCAGUGCUUCAUGGAUCCCGCCAUGUCAACAUAUCUGCCACAACUAUAUAGGAGGCUACUUCUGCUCAUGUCUGCCGGGGUACAAACUGCAGAGUGACAAGAGAACUUGCAAAGUGGAUUGUAGCAGUCAGCUGUUCAUGGAGGAAUUUGGGUAUAUCUCCAGCCCGGGAUACCCCAAGCCAUACCCUGCAGACCUCAACUGCAACUACAGCAUCCGAGUAGAAGAAGGGUUCCACAUCUCCCUCACCUUCAUAGAAACUUUUGACAUAGACUAUCAUCCGCGGGCUCCAUGUCCUUACGACACAUUGAAGGUGUUUGCAGGUGGCUCUCUGCGGGGUACUUAUUGUGGAAAGAAGUCUCCUGGAACGCUGAAGGCUCAGAGUAACACCGUGGACAUUCUGUUCCACACUGAUGACUCCGGUGACAGCAAAGGGUGGAAAGUACGCUACACCAUAGAAGCUGUGAAAUGCCCAAUGCCUGUGGCCCGGGAUACAUUCUCCAUGAUCAGUCCUGUGCAGAAGGAGUUUCAGAUGAGAGAUUAUAUUGUGGUGACCUGCAAAACAGGAUAUCAGCUGAUGGAGAACAACCAGGAACUGAGCACCUUCACCUCCCUUUGUCAGAAAGAUGGGACCUGGCACCGUCCUAUGCCCCGAUGUCAAAUUGUAAGCUGUAAGAGCCCGGACGAACUGCGCAAUGGUCGGUACAGCUUCCUGACCGAGCCGAACAAGCUAACAUACCUUUCCGUCGUCACCUACAACUGCAAUGAGCCGUACUACAAGAUGGUGACCCAGAGAGACAGCGCUAAAUUCACCUGUACAAAGGAUCGGAUCUGGCAGGAUGAGAAGGAGGGAGUCCAUAUUCCCAUUUGUGUACCAGUGUGUGGAAAGCCAGUGAAUCCCGUCACCGGGCACGAACGCAUUAUCAGAGGUGAGAACGCAGAACUGGGGAACUUCCCUUGGCAAGUGUUACUGAACAAUGGUGGGCGCGGUGGUGGCAUUCUGAUAGGAGAACGCUGGGUAAUGACGGCUGCCCAUAUGAUAAGACCUGAAGUUGAAGAAAAUCCAGAUGACGUCAGCAACCUGCAGGUGUACGCCGGAGACACAAAUGUGGACAAGCUGAUAAAAAAAAGUUACAUAGCAGUUCAGGAAGUUCAUGUGCAUCCACAGUACGUUCCUGGCAUCCAUGACCACGACAUUGCUCUGAUUCACCUCAGAGAACCCAUCACCAUGGAUGAGAAUACCUCUCCCAUCUGCCUCCCAGAAGAUGGUGAUGCGUCCUUGUAUGACACUGGAACCGUGGGGUAUGUUAGUGGAUUUGGAAUGACAGAGAGGAAUGUAAUUUCCAAUCUUCUGAAGUACGUGGCUUUGCCCAUGGUUGAGAGAAGCAAAUGCCAGCAACAGCUAGAGGAGAAACAAAGGAACAUGAAGCAAAACAGUAAAUUAAGAGGAGCCAAAUUCACAGAGAACAUGUUCUGCGCUGGUUAUCCAGAAGCUGAUAAAAAGCAGAAAGACUCAUGCCAAGGAGACAGCGGGGGGCCAUUUGCCUCUGAAAUUGAGAACAAGUGGGUGGCCACGGGUAUCGUGUCUUGGGGUAUUGGUUGUGGUACUGGCUUUGGCUAUUACACCAAAGUCAGCAAUUACAUGAAUUGGAUAAAAGUCCAUCUGAACAGUUAAAGUGUAUGUAAAGUCAAAACUUAUUUU